CUUUUGGUCAUUAUUAGUUCGUCUGCAAGUUUAACUAAGUGAACAUCUCAACUCUGUGUGUGAAUUUAUUGUUCUAAAGGGUUUUGAUUUCUCGCAAAAAUGCCUGAAUCUGAGGCACCUCUAGUGACCACCGAGACUCCUUCAGGGGGCUCUAACAAGAAGGCGCUGAAGGCUGCAGGUCUGACCCUGCUGGCCUGCAUGCUGCUGGCUGGCCAGUGUAUCACUGCAUACCUGGUCGUGGGUCAGAAGGGGCAACUCCAGGACCUGGACAUGCGUAUGCACAGGCUGAAGGAGAUCAGCAGCCGCUCAGUCGGCUCAGGUGUCCCCAUGAAGAUGCGCCUUCCCAUGGCCUCUAUGCCUCUUCUGAAACUGCAUGAAGACCCUGCUGAUAAGAAGGACGCUGCAACCCAAGCACCCAAUGAUGGAUCCAGCUCCCUCACCCAGUGUCAGCAGGAGGCCCUGGGACUGACCGACACCAAGCUGCCCUCCUUCCGCCCUCAGUGUGACCGGGCUGGUGGCUACCUGCCCAAGCAGUGCUGGCAGGAGGUGUGCUGGUGUGUGGACGCAAACGGAAAGGAGAUGCCCAACUCCCUGGGGAAUGCAAACUGCGCCAAUGGCAACAUGAGGGUUGCACAAGCUGUCCCUGGCUUACUGCUCCAGCCCCAGGUGGAGGAGACUAAGGAUAACUGAGGCUUGAGAGAGGAAACGAAAGUGGUUGUCUAUUAAACUUCUAAAAGUUUUUCUAAGCUGUUUUUACAACAAAGAGAAAAUGUUAAAGACUCUGUUCCUGAUAUAUUUUAGGUGUUGUGUGUCCCAAUUAUCAUAAUUCUGAAAGAAUUUGCAGACUAAAAAGGCACUUUUACUGUGAGACGAUUUCGUAAUGGCCUAGUGCCUAAUUGAGGAAGUGCUGUGAGUUAUUGGCACGCUUUUGGAGGCUUUUUUGUCUGUUUAUCAUAUGGCUGCACUGAUUGUUGUGGGACUUUAGGUAAGAAUUUACUACUUUAAGUAGAAGUUUUGUGUAUUAUUGGUUCACUGAAUUUUCUACAAUUUAUUUUCUGAUCUAUAUCUAAUAUAACUAAUUAAUUUGUAAUGAACAGAAAUGAGAGACAACAAUGAACAAUUAAAACAACCACUGUAAAACA